UCUUCCGAACGCCCCCAAGCCAAUCGGGCGGCGGUAUGCAAAUGAGCCGCAGCAUUGUGCUGCACACCGAAGGUGGAAUGUUCGAGCGAGCCGCAGCCGGAGCUCCCUGGCUAGCAACGGCCCCAGAGCCUCUCUGGCUGCGCCAGACGCCGGGCAGCGACUAGGACGAGCGGGCAGCGAGCCUCGGCCCUCCGCAGAGCUGCUGUAGCCGAGCGCGGACGCGUUGUGUCAGCAGGAACCUGAGCCCGAGCUGGGGUCAGAAGGGCGCCGUCGAGAUGGAGCGAGAGCCGAACUCGAGCCAAGACGACCCCCGAUCGCACCACUCGCAGGGCUCCAGCACUACUCAGCCGUCCUUGAGCUCCGAGGAGGAGCAGGCGCCCGGGCCCCCGCCCGUCUUUGCGCUCCGCUCGUUUCGCGGCUCCGAACUCCUGCGAAAUUCCCGAGACCUUUCCGACUACCGGACCGCCCGGGACCUCGAGAGGCAGUUCCAAGGCCUCCCCACCGCCCGCCCGCGGAGCAGCGAUAUGCAGCAGUCACUAAGCUUUGCCCCCAGUUACUUUCGGUCCUCCGAAGGCCUCGAGAACCAGGAAUCCACAGACCCAAACUCUCCCCUGUUAAGCGCAGGGCCCUCCCAGACUUCCGUCGCCCAAAUCUCCCGGGGCUCCGUCCAGCAGGCCUCCGACAGCAGCAUCGUGACCCCGGGUUCCCGGCACGUCUCCCAGACCUCCAGCCUUCAGGCCUCCCGGCAGACCUCUCAGCGGGCCUCCCGCCAGGUCUCCCGCCAGGUCUCCCGCCAGGUCUCCCGCCAGGUCUCCCGCCAGGCCUCUCAGCAGAGCUCCCAGCAGGGCUCCCAGGCCUCCGUAGUCCACGGCUCCCACCCGAUCUCCCAGACCUCCAUACCCCGGAUCUCCAAGAGCACCGGUACCCAGGCCUCCCGCAACCUUCGGGGCCCCAGGACCAGCUAUUCUGCCCAGAUCCUGGAAGCCCGGGAGGCCCGCAGCCACGAGGCCCUGGGGCCCGUCUACUCCAGGACCUCGGGCAGUCACCGCCACCAUUCGGGCUACUUGGCCGACGACGAAGGCACCCAGGGCCCCAUUCGGUUUCAGGUACACAAGAAGGCUGUGAACGUUGACACGUCCAAGAUGAAGGAGGCGCUGCGGCCGCCCUAUCCGUUCAGCUUUCCCAUCCCUCCUCGGUCCCAUGGCCACAAGAAGCCCCCCAAGGCUGAACCCUUCUCGGAAUUCCUGGACUUUCUGGCCACGGGCCCUGUGCUAGAUAGCCUGCAGCUGGUGGUGGAUGAAGCCUCCAGGAAGAUGACCCGCCUCCGCACUGAGGCCGGCCUGCCCUUGAUAGAGGUGGAGAAGGAGACCAGCCGGAGGUCGGAGAGAAGAGGGGAGAUGGAAGAGGCCCGAAGGCUCCGGAGGGGCCGCCACCACUUUUACCCUGGCUUCCCCAACAACUACCCAUCCAGCUCCAGCUCCGAGUCCAACCACUACUACCACAGAGACGACGGCAGAGGCUACGGGGGCCGCUGUACCUGCGGUGGCCUUGGCGGAGGGAUCUUCCUGAAUCCCCCCUGGCUGAGGCGGAAGGUCCCCUGCUUUGAUCACCGAGGUCACGCCUCCCACCUCCCCCCCAUCCGCGAGAAACUUCGCCUGGAAAGAGACUUAGGCCAUCUCCUUGGGAAGAGAGCCAAACACCCGCUGUCUUCUCACAGAGAGGACGUCUUCCUCUGGAAGAAGUCCGUGGACCCGCUCGACCUGGUCUGGUCCAAGGAGCAGAGGCUGGCCUGGCUGGCCAAGCUCCUGGAGGCUCCUCCGAGAAAGACUGCCCAGAUGCCCAGCCUGACAGAAAUCCUGGCCGUUCUGGAGCAGGCGGGCAGGGCCAAGGGCCCCAGCUCGCAGGACAGGGCCAGCUCCCCGUGCAGGCCCAGCCCGCCUUCGUGCAGGCCCAGUCCGCCGCCCUGCAGGCCCAGCCCGCCCUGCAAGCCCGCCCCGACCGAGGUGGCCAAAGCCACCCAGGUGCCCAGCCCCUGCCACUCGCCCAGCCCAGUCCGGCUGCCCAGCCCGUGUUCCAUUCCCAGCGCCCAGGUAAUCCCCUGCGGGGUGGACAAGGCCUCGCAGACAGAAAUGGAGUACCCCAAGAGGCCCUGCACCCCGAAGUACGCCCCAGCGCCACCCGCCUGCCCCCCUGCCCCCGAGGAGAAGGCCAAGCCGUGCCCCGCCCCAGAAGAGGCCAAGCCGUGCCCCGCCCCGGAAGAGGCCAAGCCGUGCCCCAUGGAGCGGGAGCUGUCCGUCAUCAAGCAGCAGUUCGAGAAGGAAGUGCUGGAUCUGCUGCUGGGCUCCCUGAGCUCCUCCUCGGUGACGUCCUCCUCUUGCGCCACAGGCUCCGAGCUGCCUCCCUACACCUCCACCAAGGAGCCCUUCCACACCCUGGACUUCCUGGCCGAGCACCAGCUCUUCCCGGUGCUGCAGGAGGUGGUGACCCAGGCCGUGCUGAAGCUGCGAAACGCCCGGCGCCAAGACGGGGUCCCCCUCUUCCCGGCGCUGCUGGAGGAGACGGAACAGAGGUCGCAGAAGUUUAUGGAGAUGGAGGAGGUGGGACCCGAGGAGGAGGAAGAGGAGGAGGAAGAGGAAGAGGAGGCCGAGGAGGAAGAGCCCUCCAACAAGGUGUGGGAGCACAUCUCCCACAAGGCCGUGUGGUACCUCCCCGAGGAGCCCAGCGAGGGCAAGGCGUCCAAAGGCCCGCUCACCAAGGCCAAAGACCAUCGGAACCUAAUGACGGCCUUGGCCCUGCCUCUGGGCACCACCAGUCUGUCUCUGCGCCGGCGGAGGGAGAAGGUGCAGGCCGAAGCCAAGGCCUUGGCCGAGGCCAAGGCCCAGGCCCAGGAGGUCAAGUCCCUGUCUCAGAUCAAAGCCAGGGUCAGGAAGGACUCCGAAAGUAUGAGACAGGCCAGGUACCACAGGUUGAGCAAGACCCUCAUGAAGCUGCCCUCUGAGAUCUCCACCAAGUCCCACAAAUCGCUCAUGUCCUACUUCUCACUCCUCAACCCAAAGAAGGAGUAUAUGAUUCAGUUCCUCAUGGACCAGGCCAUCAAACUCCUCCUCUACAAGUACAACUACGAGAAGAGCCUGGCCAAGAGGCUCGGCUUCAUGUCCUUCUCCGUUGCUGGUACCCUCAUGGACCUCUUCCUUGGCUACAAGGAUAUCCAGGGUGCGGCCCCAAGGAUCAGCCUCAGCACCAAGAUCAACUGGCCCUGCAUGCUGGACAAGCUGGAGAAGGCCGAGCAGGCAGCUCUCUUUGCACCCUUCGCCAAGAAAAUAAGUGGCCCAACCGCCACCGCUUCCUCAUCAUCAUCCUCCAGCCGCCCCUCCACUCGCCAAGUUUCCACCAAGUCCUUGAAGCCACACACGGCUUGGUCUGUGCCCAGGACAACAGCCAAACCUAGGCCCUCCCUCGCGGCAGAGGGGUCGCAAGGGCCUUCCAUCCCCACCAUAAGUAUGUCGUCCGGCGUUCCCGCUUCCGGGAGCCAGGAGUCCAAAGCUUCUCUGGAUUAUUCCAAAGAGAGCUCCCACAACUUGAGCCCUUAUAGGGACUUUUUUGGCACGGUGGGAGAGGAGGAAGCCUAUGAGGAAGAGGAAGAAUAUUAUGAAGAUGUUGAUGAUGAGGAGGAGGAGGAGGAGGAAGAGGAGUACCAUGAGGAGGACGAGGAGGACGAGGAGGAAGAGGAGGAAGAGGAGGAAGAGUACUUCUAUGAGGAGGAGGAGGUGACUCAGGAGAGGGAGGGGGAGGAGGAGGAGGAGAGGAGAGACUUUGAGCAUUUUGCAUUCACAGAAUUAGAAAAUGGAGACAAUGGAGACUAUCAGGAUGAACCUGAGAACAUCUCUGAAGAUACUGAAGAUGCCUAGAGGUCCCUGCCGGCAGAAUGGCCUUCCCUCCUUCCCUCCUUCCUUCCUUCCUUCCUUCCCUCCUUCCUUCCUUCCUUCCUUCCUUCCUUUCUUCCUUCCUUCCUUCCUUCCUUCCUUCCUUCCUUCCUUCCUUCCUUCCUUCCUUCCUUCCUUCCUUCCUUCCUUCCUUCCUUCCUUCCUUCCUUCCUUCCUCCCUCCCUUCUUUCCUUCUAGCACUGUCCCUACCUCAUCCCUAUGUACCUAAUAAAUGGAAGUUAUUUUAGGUUACU